GAACGACGCCGCGCACCGCCAGUAUCCAAAACACUUUAGUCAAUCCUCGGCCGCCCUUAACAACACAACACUUUUUUCAAAACUCCAGAAGUCAGUUGUUCUUUAAUAUUUUUUUUUUAUACCCCUAGGAUAUUAAGUUAUAAACUUUCAUCGAUCAGUGUAAUCUUGUUGUAACACGUGAACACUGUCAAAAUGGCCGACGAGCUGCCCGCGGAGCAAAUUGCAGUGUUGCGCAAAGCAUUCGACAGCUUCGACAGAGAGAAGAGCGGAAGUAUUCCGACCGACAUGGUCGCUGAUAUUCUCAGACUCAUGGGGCAGCCUUUCAACAAGAAGAUUCUUGACGAACUCAUCGACGAAGUUGAUGCGGACAAAUCCGGAAGAUUGGAAUUCGACGAGUUCGUAACGCUCGCGGCGAAAUUCAUCGUUGAGGAUGACGCGGAAGCUAUGGAGAAGGAAUUGCGGGAAGCGUUCAGGCUCUACGACAAAGAAGGCAACGGAUACAUCCCUACGACGUGUUUGCGGGAGAUCCUGAGGGAACUCGAUGACCAACUCACGGACGAGGAACUGGACAUAAUGAUCGAAGAAAUUGAUUCCGAUGGAUCGGGAACCGUCGAUUUUGAUGAAUUCAUGGAAAUGAUGACCGGAGAAUAAGAAGAUACUCAUGCCAAAAUAAGCGUCGUGUUAAUAUCGCAAAAAACACAAUCAUCUGUGCCAAAGUAACGUCAAUCAAGCAAUUUGGAUCCAUCGAAGUAAUUGAUCGAGUUGAUACGAUCACAAACUGCGAUCAACGCUGCGACAUGAGACUUCGUUUACAAGACCAAUUGUAUAAUCAAUCACAAAUUAAUAACUAUUUAUGAUAUUUAUUAUUUUUUUCUUCUCUCUGCUACAAUGUAAAAGAAAACAAACAAAAUAUCCUUUCGUACGCCCGUCAAUUUUUUUGUUAUCACAUAGGACACACUGAACUGUCACGCGAAUGGUGCCUGCGAUAUUUCCAGGGACAGUGUUUAUUGUUGUUAAUAAAACUCA